AUGGGUCUCCGUGUGUACCGCAGUAGUUUAUGGAGGAUCCUGUGCCUCCUGUUGGUGGUAUUCGGAGUGGUGGUCCCGUGUCUUCUGCUAGUGGUGACAGUGAACGUGGACUCAACCCGAUCAAACUACUACACGGACCAGUCCCUUCACCCGUUCAGCACGCACGAGCGAAAGCCGCUGGACUACCCCGACCUGCGGGAAGCCAGCGAACUCCGACAACAGAUCAGGGAGCUGGAAGACAUUCGCUCCUCGGUGCGAGACGAGCUGCGAGUGUUCGAGCAGCAGCGAUCGAAACUGAGCGCAGAUAUCGAGUCGCACAAGGAGAGCCUCGCCCGCGUCAAGAAGGAGCUCACUGCCGCUAAGAUGGAUCUCCAGGACAAGCGGGGGCAGUUGUCAAAGAUCUCGCCCAGCCUCGCGGAGUCACUGCGGAUCGACGCCCCAGUCUCUCGCUGUACCCUUGACCUCUGUUUCAACCUAGCCAGGUGUCCACUCACUCGUCCGUUUUCCGUGUUUGUCUACAACGAUGCAAACCCUCACCUCUUCCCCGUUUCAUCUCGCCACGGUAACGUCGUGACUGAUUUCGUAACAGACUUGAAACGAACAGGUUCUUUCACCUCCGACCCCACCGCUGCGUGCGUGUUUGUGGCCAUCCUUGAAAACCGAGCCAGCUCCGGGGAAGACAUGCCGCGAGAUCUCCAGACCAAGAUACUAUCUCUGGCCCACUGGGGUGGCGAGGGUGCUAAUCACGUUCUGAUCGAACUAUCCACCAGUAGAGAUACCACGAGCUCGCUGGAUGCAGUAUCGACCGGGCGUGCGAUUAUUUCUCGUAGUAUCGUCUCCCCGGUCAAACCGUUUCGAUCCGGAUUCGACGUCCUUCUCCCUCCUCUACCGACUUCGGAAGUGACGUGGCGAGACCUGCCCCCUCUCCUCCCGGUGUCGAGAGAGAACCUAAUCUAUUUCCACGGUGAGUACGCCCCUCCUCGUCACCCCAGUCCCAGCUCCCUGGCCCCUGCGGACGUCAAGAGUCUCCAGCAGGCACUGGACGGGAGGGAGAAGAUUGAUAUCGAGCUGCGUGCCCUGAAACGGUCGCAGGGGUGA